AUGUUUAUUUAAGUUAACAAUAACUAAGUUUAAUAUGUGGUCCGGACUCCCUUAGGUAGUUUUGGUGGGAAAUGCGUCAAACGACGCCGUCGGGGUCGUUUUAGCGAGCAGAGAUAUAAUUGUGGUUAGUAACACAAACCCUAACCCUAGCUCAUUUCUGAUGCCCACUAAGUCACUUCCCCUUCUCUCUAUCGUUCUCUCUCUCGUUCUUUCUCUCUGCAACGAAGAACGACCCAGAUCCAAAUCGAUCUGCUCUCUCCCUCUCACCCUCUUCCUCCAACUCUCUCUCACGUCAUCUGGAAACCGAGAAGAGAAGCCGAAAAAGGAAAUCGAACCAUAAACGAGGUGGGGUUGCGAUGCCAUCGGCGGCGAGGCGAGGGUUGCGAUGGCGUCGGUGGAGAGGAGAGGCUCGCGAUGGCCGCGACGGCGGCGGCGGAGCAAGGGCCGAGAUGGCGUCAACGGGAUGGCGGUGUCAAAGAGUGGAAGAUCGGCCACGGCAGAGCACGACGGGAAGAUGAUAUGGUCGUCGCCGUCGCCACUAGCAUCUCUCGACGACGACACGAAAACCACGGAGACAAGUGUAGAAAACAAACGGCGACUGCAGGAAGAAACGACGGAGGAGGACUCCGAUGAUGACGGUCGAUGGCGACAAAGUUGUGUGUUUGAGAGGGAAAUGGGAGUGUGAGAAGAAGAAGAAGUUCACGUUCUAUCUUUGUGGAUCAACAAGAAGGUAGCUGAGAUGAAUUUUUUAGUUCUUGAGCUCUCUGGUUUUCUAUGUAAGAGAAAUGAAGUAAAGGGGAGUUCUCUGUUUUCUGCAGGUAAGAAGAAGAAGAAGGAAGUCUAGAAGUGGAAGAGAAGGAACUUUUUUUAUCUCUCUCCUCCUUUUGUAAUAGCAGAUGUGUUCUUUUUUAUAGGAAAAGGGAACUUGAUCCCCAAGUUUGCAACAGUACCGGUUUGGUUUUGGAUUGAACCGGUCUGGUUGUGUCAGAGCUGACCAGAUUGACUUUGUUGACUUGAUUGGACUUUUGUUGACGGUGACUUUAACAGAGUUGAGUUUCGUUGACUUUUGGUAUAGGCUUUGACUUCGCCAGUUUUAAUGUUUUUAUUUUAUAUAAUUGUAAUAACAUCUGUAAUUGUGAUUUAUUUUAAUAAGAUACCAGUCAUUGC